AUGGGUCAAUACGGCUUUUUAAUACUGGACAGAGAUGUCCGUGAAGUUCCCGGCGAAGUCGACAUGAAUACCGUCAGCAUAUUCUGGGGCUUUUCUCUCGGUGUGGCUGUUUUCUCAGUGGCCAAGGCGUCAGAGCAGAGCUGGAGGGCAUGGAAGAGGCGUCGACGUGUGACAUCCUAUGUCGCUAUGAUCUGGGCUGUUUGGUUCAGUAGUAUGGUUCUUGGAUGUUUGGCCUGGGGAUUUCAGCGGCAAUACAUAGAUCCAAGCUUCGGGUUCUACUUCUCUGUUGCUUUGUUUUGGGCACUUCAACUCCAGUUCCUUCUCCAAAUCAUCCUCAAUCGUCUUGGUUUAUUGAUGGUCGUCCCCGGUCGAGCCGCACGCCUUAAAUGGAUCGUAUUCGCAAUCAUAUUGGCAGUUAACAUCAGCGUGUUCAUCAUCUGGAUGCCAGCGCGCUUGCAAAUCAACGACCAAUGGAUAUGGCUGAACAGUAUCUGGGAUAGAUUGUGUUAUCUCCUCAAACUACAAAUCGAGAUGAAAAUGGCAGAACUCAUUACAAAGAUCGUCCGGUCGUCAGGUGCAACAGGCAAAGACAACACUUACUGCCACCACUCCAGUGACAAUCAUGCAAAAAGCAUGGCAACAAAUACCAUAACCAAGCCUACCGCCACUCAUUCCUGUCCAGGUGUCCAUAGAACAUCUCCCGGAACCAACACCGCCCAUAUCGAAGCUAGGGACCGCGAUAGCUCUAUUGAGAUGGAACUUCAAGGGCGCAUGAGUACCGAUCCGCCCUUUACAGCAGUCGACCCUACACUUGGUUACAAAUUGUUCCACGUCAUGUUACGCAUCCGAGAUCCUGUGCAAUCUCUACACUUCUAUAUCGACCUAAUGGGAAUGCGAACGGUUUUUACUAUGGACACCGGCCCUUUUACGAUAUACUAUCUUGGUUACCCUCAAACGGAUGAGCAUCGGGCAGAUUUAGGCAAAUUUGGCCGUGAUACUCUAGCUCAGUUAGCCUACACCCCAGGACUUAUUGAGUUGUACCAUGUACACGGGUCAGAAAAUGAGCCUCAGGGCUACUACAGUACUGGAAACCAACCACCGCAUCUGGGCCUCGGACAUAUCGGAUUCUCUGUACCUGAUGUCCCCCGCGCCGUUGAACGCUUGAAGAAUCACGGUGUUGAGGUGAUCAAAGAUUUAGGUGCUGCUAGUCGAGAAGAUGUUCCCUUAAGCCAAUGGGAAGCUGAAAAGAAAAUUGGACUGGGUGAUCUUCACCCUGCUUACCAGCAUGUAUUUGGACAGAUUGCGUUCGUGAAAGAUCCGGACGGAUACACUGUCGAAUUGGUUCCCCAGAAACUUCAAGAAUGA